UCCUCAUGAAUGUAUAUAUGGAUCUAGAUGAAGGAUUAUUCUCUUGUACAACACAUUUGCCUCACUCAACCAUGAAGUUCCCAGUAUCUGAGCUUCACUCAGUGAAAAUCCCGCCGCAGAGGACCACUGGCACCAAGAGGAUAGUGAUGCUCGCCUCUACGCCGGUUCUUCUCGCUGUGAUUCCCCUUUAUUUGUUCGUCACCAGCCCGCGUCUUAAUGUCCUGUCAUCUCGGGAGUUGGAUAUCAGCACCAGCGUCUCGAAAGGAAUAGAGCGGGUGGACGAGCGAUGCGAUGUGUUCAGAGGAAAAUGGGUCCGUUCCCCGAAUGCCGCCUACUACACCAAUGUGACUUGCCCUUUGAUCGUUGAUCAGCACAACUGCCUGAAGCUGGGGAGGCCCGACGCCGAGUUCUUGAAGUGGCGGUGGAAGCCUGACGAGUGUGAUCUGCCUCGAUUCGAUGGGGGCCGGUUCUUGGAGGUGGCUCGAGGGAGAUCGCUGGCGUUCGUGGGGGAUUCGGUCGGUAGGAACCAAAUGCAGUCACUGCUCUGCCUCCUGGCCAACGUGGAAUUUCCUGAGGAAAUAUCUUACAAACACUCACUAGACACGACGAACUUCAAAUGGUGGUACUUCUCAGAUCACAAGUUCACACUGGCCGCAUUCUGGGCUCCCUUCCUGGUGAAGUCCAGAGAUGCGGACCCAAAUGGCCGCUCCUUCAACAGCAUCAUGAGCCUCUACUUAGACGAGCCCGAGCCAUCUUGGGCUUCUGAGAUCGCAAACUUCGACUUCGUCAUCAUCUCGGCAGGCCAAUGGUUCUUCCGGCCACUGAUGUUCCACGAAAAGGGCGAAGUCGUCGGUUGCUGCUCUUGCGAGCUGAACAACAUCACCGACCUCACCAGGUUCUACGGUUACAGAAUGGCCUUUCGAACCGCCUUUAGAGAACUCCUGAGUCAAAAGGCCUAUAAGGGCAUGACAUUUUUGAGGACGUUCUCUCCUGCGCACUUUGAGAACGGCACGUGGAACACCGGCGGGAGCUGCGCAAGGAUGAGGCCAUUUGCGAGUGGAGAGGCCAAGCUUGAAGGGGACGAUCUGGAGUUCUACUUGACCCAAGUGGAGGAGUUCAGGGCGGCCCAGAGGGAGGGAAUCAAGAGGGGCCUGACAUUUAGGUUGCUGGACACUACCGAGGCGAUGAUCCAGAGACCCGAUGGACACCCUGACCGUUUCGGGCGUUUGUCGCUGAGGAACACGACGAUGGCCGAUUGCGUGCAUUGGUGUGUGCCGGGUCCGAUCGACUUGUGGAACGAGUUCUUGUUUCACGUUAUGAGGCCGGAGAGUCGAGAAUCUCUUCAGGGGCAGACGUGGAAGAGUGGACGAUGAGGGGAAAACCGCAGAUUGUUUGUUCUAGACGUUGCAGAAUUUAUCCAAACCUAAUGUUCUGCACUCAUCUGUAAAACCCCUCUGCCAUUGCUACACAGUACACACAACAUAACUGGUGUGAUGAGAAGUUGCAGAACUAAAACAAUGUCCGUCCCCUUAGUACGUUUAAACGAUUUUGAUUGGACCUAAAAACGAUUCUCACUUGUUAUUAGAAUAAACAGUUUGGUUCAUGAAAAAGCCAU